GACGUGCACCCACACAAGGGAAUAAAUACACUGUUGCACUGGAUGUGUCCGGUAGCCUCCCCCUGCAGGCCGACGGAACCGGCAUAAAACAAUCACUGUAUGUUCGCCGUCUGAGCCGCUUAGCCGGGAAACACGAGACGAGUCGUGUAUUCAUGUUCCCGGGCGCGUCUGAAUAAAGCGGAGAGGCGAAAGCGGCUCGUGUGGUUUGCGCACAGGAUCUUAGAGCGGAGAACAUGUGAGAGGGAAUGGGAAACUGGAAGCUGGAUUACACUUUACAGAAAGACGCAAAAGGGGUUACGUUCAGGAUUUCGACAAAGCGCAGAGGCUCGGUCCAGUAGGACAUCCCCACGGCGGUCAAAGCGCUUUACGCGGACACGGGGAAAUAAGGACUAAUAUACCAAAGAUGAACACAAUUGUGUUUAAUAAGUUAAGCAGCCAGGUUUUAUUCGAGGAGAAUGCGAAUGAAGUGGAAAGAAGCAGUCGAAAUUAUUUAGAGGUGAUAGAUGGACAGCAUCCGGACCCAGUCAUCAAAGACAGCUCCGCGAUCCGACACAGGAGACCAGGGUCUCGUCAGAACCCAGGGAAGAUACGGCAUAAACGGCAAGCUCUGCAAGACAUGGCCCGGCCUUUGAAACAGUGGCUCUACAAACACCGGGACAAUCCGUACCCCACUAAAACAGAGAAAAUCCUUCUCGCGCUUGGCUCACAAAUGACACUUGUGCAGGUGUCUAACUGGUUUGCAAAUGCUCGACGGCGGCUGAAGAACACAGUUAGGCAGCCUGAUUUGAGUUGGGCCCUUAGGAUCAAACUCUACAACAAAUACGUCCAGGGCAAUGCGGAAAGACUGAGCGUCAGCAGCCAUGACUCCUGCUCUGAUGAUGGUGACCCAGCAGCUCGGGCCCAGGUCGGGGAGUUCAGUAAGCCAAUGUACCAGAGCGUCAUCAAGAAGGAAGGUGGUGCUGUGGGUGCUGGUCUUCGAACCGCUGCAGACGCCUCAUUGUCUGAUGACUAUGUGUCACCGCCCAAAUACAAGAGCAGUCUGUUGCACCGUUACCUUAAUGACUCACUCCGUCAUGUGAUGGUUGCCAACGGCGUAAUGGAUGCAAGGAGGAGGAACCACUCAGGCUCUUUCAGCUCUAAUGAGUAUGAUGAAGACCUGCUGUCACCAUCUUCUUCUGAAGCAGAGGCCAACUUUAUCUACAGACAUGAGACGGUGGAGCAUGGAUCAAAUAAAUCAGACAGCAUGAAGAAGGAGAAGGGACAGAGGAAAGACGAGACAUACUGGAGGGAGAUCAACGCGGCCAUGGCCCUCACUAACCUGGCUCAGCCCAAGGACACGGCCACCGGCGCCACCACCAGCUGCAUCAUCCAGAAAUCCUCACACAUAGCUGAAAUCAAGACUGUUAAAGUGCCCAUCCUGCACAAAUACUAACGCACACCAACACACGCAGAAGAUCCCGCUCUUCUACUUUUGGAAUUCAGUUGUUUUGAAUAUUGUUUAUUACUUUGAGGUACUGAUAAAUAAUACUUUUUUGGGGGGGUCGUUUUUAUUGUUAUUAUGAGUACGAUGAAGUGCCCUGAAAUGCAGCAUUUGUAUCGUUCACCGAUUUGUGCAUUUUUCCUUUGGGUCGCACAAGCUUUUUUUUGAUAAGUGUUGAUGAAUUGUCAGUAACGGCAGUAUUUCUGAACGAGACACUUUUGCAAUGUUAACUUAUUUUGAUAUUAAUCAGAAAUGUGUAUUGUAUCGCACCAAAGUGCCUUCAUGCAUCUCAAAGAGAGAAUGUACAGUUCAUGUCCUCUCUGAAUGAAAUAAAUGGUUGACACGACAGGAGGAGUGUGUAAUGCACUCUUCUCACAGCUUACAGGAGCUGAUGACCUUAAAAUGAAAUCAGCACAAGUCACAAAUGAACCUAAGGCCAUUUCUGCAUGUUUUGUCUUAAAAUCUCAAUCUGGCUGUGACUAUGACAUUAUUUUGUCUCUAAAAUGGAAAACUUCAACUGUCACCUGCGAACAAUAGUAGUGUAGCUGAGAGAUAAGUUCAGUCAGCCUAUAUCAAACUCCAGCUCUUCCUUACCAGAUAACAAGCACAGCUCUCCAAACUUUAACAAGGUUCUCUUAAAGUUAUGAACAAAUGUCCUUCCAGUAAUGUUAAUAGUGCCUUUGUUUAGUUAUUUGGUCUUUAAUAAUAUUCUCAAAACAGUAGCACAAAAAUAUUAUUUAUACAUCGUUCACUGAACGUUUUUAUUUAUAUCAUUUAAUAUUUGUAUUUUAUUUCUGAAACGUUUUAGUUGGAUGUUCAAAUGUUACUUGCUGCAUAAUGUUCCGAAUUACAACAUUUCUAAAACUGGAUGUUUUUAAUGUUCAAAGAACAUGCAGAAAUAACCUUAAUGGCAAUGUUAGCAAAACGUUCUUGGAACAUAUUUUCGUUAGCUGGGUUAGUCUCUGCUUUCUCUUAAACACUCUCAGUUGUGCACAUUUCGUAGACAAACAAUGAGCAAGAGAGAGACAGACUUCAAGGUUUGGUCCGUGACAGUUUGAGACGAGGAGUGGGACUCAAAGGGAUAUUUAUGAAUCCAUUAUCAGUGCUGCACUGAAUGUGUUGCCUUCUCACGUUUCUGUUCAGAACAAGGUACUUCAGUUGAAGCAGUAAAUAAUUUGGCCAGUUGUGUUCUACCCCUUUUUCUCUCUCAGCUGGUUAGAAUUACUCUCAAAUUGCUGUUUACAAGAAGUACGAGAGACACUUCCAUGUUUAAAAAAAAACAUAGCAGUAUUACCACAUAUCUGAUUCAGUGAAUGUUCAAACUUUUGUUUGUCCUGAGGUUUUAGCUCUUUUAGUUAGUGUUGUUGCCUUUGGUUCAACCAAGCUGUGUUAGUCUUGUAUUGACUGAAUGGGAAGAAAUUAUGUUUGAAGCAAAUGUUAUUUACAUUGGAGUUAUGGAUGCCAAGUAUGCAAUUUAGAGAAUUAAAAGCCACUUUUGAAGUGAGCGAGGUAACACUAUCUUAUGUUGGAAUAUUUUUAUUUUAUUUUUUUAGAUAAGUUUCCACCUGCUUGUGGUGGGAAAGGCCAAAGAGACUUGUUCAAAAAGUUGCAUGCACUUAUCUGA